UCCCAGCCAUGUGUUUCACCAACAAUCCUAUGCGUGAUCACACCAGUACUAGGACCACUUUGCAGAUCUUCACCAUCAAGGUAGCAGGAUUAGAGGGCUUACAGUUGCCCCUUGAUGUUUUCGGUAUGGUUGCCGUGCGCGACAAACUGGAUUACAAUCGCAACAUUAUCUUCAGCCGCACAAGGGACAACUGCCAAACCCUCACUCAACAGGAUCCAUGUUUAGUACUGACAGGUCCUAGCCGUGCUGUCUUCUAUAGAGACAAGGUGUACCUUGAGGUUGUGCUCAAAGUGAAGGGAACCACAGAAUCUGAGGACGCCGAUCUAAGCCUUCUAUUCAAGCGCUUCAAAUGCUGCGAGAAGAUGAAUUUGUGUGUGGAUGUUGGAGAGCGCAGACGCCGUUCCUGCGUGAGAAGCAUGCUCUACACCAGCAAACUUAGCACACUGGAGUUCACAUGUGGCCUAGUCGGGUCCUCUGUUGAGGCCACCAUCGCCAUGCAGAUUGUCAAGGGGUCAUGGCCAGAAGGGCUCCGAUGCAAGCUUACUGCCUGUAUCAGCAGUUUGCAUCACAUGGAUAUCAUGCUGCUUGACUCCGGAGAAGAGAAGGUGCCUGUUUCUGCCGCGGAUGGAACAGUUGAGCUGUCGCGGCGUGUUGUGUCUGUUGAGAGUUAUGGUCAGCUGAUAGUCCAUGGCAUGAUGCUUCGAGGUGGUGGCGACCAUGGCCAGAUUCUGGCACAGGCGAAGGCCUCCUUUGCACCUUUGGAUGCAGAGAGAAGUGAGAAUAGUCUUGAUCUUGGCAUGUGCAAGUUGAAAGUCACCGUUGCCUGGUCGCGUAUCCUGAUGUUCCAUCCUGAGGGUGGAUUACCUCAAACCAGGGGAUCAGGGGUAGCUGUUUCUACAGGGAGCUCGUCUUAAAUUACCUGACCAUAAGAUGUUAUUUAUGUGAUGGAACCCUUAACCAAUGGAUCAUCGGGGGAGGUUGUUGCUAUCUGGAGCUUAUCUUAAGUUGCCUGGCAUUAUACUCUUUUUUAAUAUCUUGUACCCUUUGAUGUAUGUCAAAUGUUUUUAUGGAGGAAACCUAGUGUUUUAUGUACUGUUGUGUUAAGGAGGGAGUUAAGUGUUUAAUCACUUGCCCUGCUUGUUGUGGUUAAAUUCGUGUGAAGUGGUGUUCGGUUACAACUAAAUGGUGACAUAUGGAUAUAUGUUGAGUAC